GAAUGAAGGUCAAUACAAUGUCAUCCCUGACACUUGCUUUAACAGUGCUUGUUGCAGCAUUCUGUGCUACUGUGGCACUGAAGUGUCACAAAUGUACUACCAUCAAUCCAGACCAUCCAACCUGCACCCAGACUGACAUAACCGAGGUGGAGUGUGGUGUCAGUUUCACCCACUGUGGAAGAAUUGUUUUCCACAAACCAGCCUAUGGUGAGGUGAGAAAAUGUGCUACUGAAAAUGAGUGUAAUGUCAAGUCGCAAAGAAGUGUGGUGACGGAAUGCUGCACAACUGAUCUCUGCAACUGACCCAAGCUGGGAGAACCUGACUCACACCUGCAAAUGGAGUAAUAUCAGCAAGGAACAAUUUUGUAAUUGAAUCAACAUACUGAAAACAAUUUUGUUUUCAAUUGAUAGCUAAAAAUUAUUAUUAUUCGUACCUUCCCCUGUAGUCAAAUGAAAAAAAAUGUAUGUCAUUUCUCCAAUUUCUGAAAUGCUGUUAAAAUUGUAUUUUCAUAUCAUAA